AAACAGUAGGUUUAUCUAAGGUAUUCUAAUCUAAUCUAAUCUAGAUAAUAAGCAAUAAUCGGGGUAUAUUAGAAGUUCAUAUAAUUUUCACUAAUUUACAAAGAGCAGUAAAUUAAUGGAUUAAGAUAAGCCUUUUGAAUGUUACGAGGCAAGAAUAUUUUAUUUCUAUCUUUGAUAAUUUUUUUCAGACUUUGAUGAAGGAGAAUCUUUAAAGAAUCUCUUUAUGGCAGAAGCAAAAAUUUUUAAGAACAACUUCCCCCAGGUUCUCAUGGUGCAUGCUGCAUCUGCAAUUGCAUCAAACUAUGAGCUGGUUGUUCAAGAGUUUGAUGGUUGCUCUAUACCUGUACUCAAGGGUUGCCCUGUAUCAGGAAAAACCACAGCCAUGAAAGCUGCCCUGAGUGUUUUGGGGAAAAAAAAUGACUGCAUCAGUGAGGCUACAUCGAAAUUCAUUGAGACCAAGCAAGGAAUCUCUACCAUCCCUUUUGGAUGGGAUGAUUGCUCUUGUGUUAAGACACUAAAAAACAUGGCGGUGAAUUCAUACAAUGCGUGUGGGAGUGCAAAUGUAAGGAAAACCUACAUUCCACGUACAGUUCCACUGGUCACCACCAAUCUUGAUUUAGGAGAUUUGAAAUAUAAAAGCAGAUGGCUUAGGAUUAUCUUCGAAGACCCUAACCCUAAGCUAGCUGGCAUGGAUCGCCAUUCUGCAGAGAGAGGACUGAGGGAAGCCAUGAAGACAGCACAUAAAAGUGUGCGCGUCGUAACCAUUAACACUUCAAACUACAUUUACAAUCGCAUGCAAGAUGAAGAUUUUGCAUCCAUAGUUGCAAAGCUGGAAGAUGACUUUCCAGAUUUGGAUCAGAGGGCAAGUGCUUCCUAUUCCCUCUUGUUGUAUGUCAC